AUGCGGAGAGCCAUUGGCAGCAACGGCCACCGUCACGUCGAGAUGACAGAGCGUUAUCGCACGAGGAGAGAGGGCCUCGGCCAGGAACCGGAGGAACCUGUCAGCGGACCGCAUGGAGGGCAUCCUGACAUCCACGGCUCCCCAGCACGCGCGCAACCAUCGUCCCUCGAGCCUCGCCAAUUUCAUAUACCAGUCCUCCCGCCUCCUCCCUCUGAUCGUCGCCAGAAGAGCAACUUGGUCUGUCAUUGCUGUUGUCUCUCCUCCCGGUCGACUUCCACGCCAGCAGCUCAGCUCGCGAGAGAUACCGCCAUCGCCACCCCCACCCUCUCUGCUGCUCCUGCCCAUCCCGCAUCGCUCGAGUCCUCGUGUCGCCGACGUCCUGUGAGGCCGCGAGGUUCCUGCUCCCAGGCUGACAAGAGGUUCUGCGUUCGAUCCAUCAAGUGGCACAUGAGUAGCACGCUCCUGAAAUACUUCCUCCAGGAUGAUGUCGACAGCUUCAAACGCUUCCUGGCAAAUACCUCCGGUGGCCAGAGAACGGCGGGAGGAAUCACUACGCCCAAGACCGGGAGUCCCGGGGUUGCGUUAGGGUCUUCGCCGAACCCGUCUUCGAGGAACAAGAAAACCAGCGGUACCUCUCCUGGAUCCUCGUUCACCGAUCGCAGCGGUGUGCGCCCCAAUGCCACUGCCUUGUCCCGGGCGGAAGUGAAUGCGCGCGAUCAAUAUGGCCGCACCCUCCUGCAUCUCAUCGCUUCGUCGCCCAAACCUACUGCCAUUGAGUUUGCAACCGCCCUGCUAGAGGUUCCUUUCGUCGAUAUUUACGCUCAGGAUUUGGAGAGUGGGUGGACAGCCCUGCAUCGGGCUCUGUACGCUGGCAAUGCUUCAAUCGCCCAUGCGUUGAUGGCCCGGGAUAUGCGUGAUGCAACCGACUUCAGCACUCCCAAUGCAGCGCAUCAUCCGUCCGGGAGCCUGAUCAAGAUCAAGGACCGAGAGGGAAAUAGCCCUUUCGAUGUUUACGGGGCAACAAUCCUGGCCCGUGACAUCAAGCGGGUCGUACCGCAACGUGGUGACAAGCUCGUCCCGGAUCCGACAACUGCCGAUCCGGGUGACGGCGAUGCAUCCUCUAGCAACAAUUCGGAAUACGGAGGGGACAAUGGCGAGGACACGGGAGCCAGAGCGAUCCUGCGACCACGUGUCCAUCUGCAUGCUGAUGAAGUCUUCACCUUUGGGAGCAACAAGAAUUUGACUCUGGGCCUCGGCGAUGAAGACGACCGCCAGUUCCCCGAGAGAAUUUCGGUGGAGCGUCCGGAGCAUUUGUUACAACGAUUUUACCGGGAGCGUGAGGAGGUCCGGUCAAGUCGAAGGGAACACGACCAGUCUGCCAGCCAGGACAUCGGCUGUCCAACCGACCUGCCGGCUGUUAUCAGAAACAAGCCCGUUGUCUUUCAAGAUGUUGUGAUGUCCAAGCUUCAUACAGCAGUGCUGACGGAUGAUCCCGAGUCGAAUCUCUUCAUGUGUGGCUUUGGACCAGGUGGACGCCUGGGGACGGGCGACGAGGCGACCAGAUUCAGCUUCGUGUGCAUCGAAACGGGGGCGCUGGCAGGGAAGAAAAUUGUCUCGGUGGCCUUGGGUCAAGAUCAUUCCAUUGCCAUCUCCGAACAGGGAGAGGUUUUCACCUGGGGAAGCAACAAAUAUGGACAGCUAGGCUACAACCUCCCUCGAACGAGCACUAAGAACGACACGCCAAUCCAAACGACUCCAAGACAGAUCUUCAAUCCCUUCAAGCGCGAAAUCAUCCUUGGAGCAGCUGCCUCCUCCAUCCAUUCCGUGGUCUUUAGCGCCUCGGGGCUAUAUACUUUCGGCAAAAACGAAGGCCAGCUUGGCCUGGUUGAUUCAGAUGCACGUUCUCUUGAGAUGCAAGUCACUCCCCGGCGCGUUGGCGUCUCUUUGUUCAAUUCUCCGAUUCAGAUGGUCUCGGCUAUUGACCGGGCUACGACGGUGCUUCUCGAGAGCCACGAUGUCUGGGUCUUCACCCAGUAUGGUUACUCAAAGGUCGUUUUCCCUCUGGACUAUAGCUCCUCGUUCAUUAAAAACAGUUUUCUGGCUACGAGGUAUGGUAGUGCUGUCAAUCACAUCACCAAAGUCACCUCCGGCCGGAAUACCAUCUGUGCGAUGUCAAGCUUCGGCGAAGUAUAUACUGUGCAGGUGAACAGCAAACCUGACACCGGUUCUACCGCCGCUUCCACUACGAAUCCUUCGAAAAUCCGGAAUUCCUUGUCUCCACCAGAGCGGGUCUGGUCCGUCAGGAAGGCACAUAUGGCAGUCAGAGAUGUCGCUGUCGGACAGGAUGGCUCCAUCAUCAUCUGCACAACCUCUGGUUCGGCCUGGAGAAAGGAAAAGCGUACGAAGAUCAAGGAAGCUGGGUCCAAAGACUAUAAAUUCGUCCGUGUGCCUGGUCUUUCUAGGGUAGUUGGUGUGAGAAGCAACGCCUUCGGCGCCUACGCAGUACUCCAGCGAGAAUGCGACGUGGCCAGAGAGCAGAUCCAUGUUAGCCAGUCUACUUUGUGGCAUGAUUUCUUCCAGCUUCUGCCAUUCAAAGAUCUAACAACCACCGCUAGCGAUGUGACUGCGGAGCAUUCGGAACUCAACUCGAUACCUAGUCUGGUUACCAGGAUCAAGGCGGCGGUCCUCUCCUCGCCCGAUAUUGAAUCGCAGAUCCAGCCCAUUCUGGCGGCACAUGAACUAUCUGAUGAUAAUGCGCAAGGAGGAAUCUGGAUCAAGAGUACAGUGUCUGAGACCCGAAUUCCUGUUCAUGAGUUUGUCUUCGCUGGGCGAAGUGCGGUUCUAAGAAGAGCUCUCGGAGAAUUUCGCCAGAAUUAUUACUUCUCCAUCCCAGACGUCCUUGCGAUCGAGUAUGAUCGCAAUGGGCAAGUCCAAGUGGUUUUUCAGGGUGUCGAUUUCUUGUCGAUCCUAAACCUGGCCUUUUUCUUAUACACCGACAGUGUAUUGGACGUUUGGCGCGAGAUCAGACACUCUUCAGCAAAUGCCUCCCGAUACCGGCAGGUCCGGACUGAAGUGAUGCGUAUUGCAUCCCACCUGGAACUUCGAACCUUGGAACGGGCGGCCAGAGUAAUGGUUGAACCGGCCCGAAGUUUGAAUGUCGACAUGGAAAGGGCCAUUCAGGAUCCUGCUUUCUUUGAAAGCAGCGAUGUGACGAUCCAAUUAAAGGGGGGAACAGCGAAAGCGCAUAGCCAGCUUCUCUGUCGGAGAUGUCCCUUUUUUGAAGGUCUGUUUCAUGGUCGAUCUGGUGGCAGAUGGCUCGCGUCACGCCGCCGUGAUGCAACAGAGGACACGAUUAGCGUUGAUCUCAAGGACCUGGAACCGAAAAUAUUCUCCUUUGUCCUGCGUCACAUCUAUGGAGACACCGAAGAGGAAUUAUUUGACGACGUCAGAUCUGAGAAUCUUGACGAUUUCAUCGAUCUUAUCCUGGACGUCAUGUCGGCCGCGAAUGAGCUGAUGAUCGAUCGGCUUGCUGAGGUCUGCCAGAAGAUGCUUGGGAAAUUUGUCAACACGCGUAAUGUCUGUCACCUUCUCAACGCCGUGGCACCUUGCACAGUAACAGAAUUCAAGGAGGCUGCCUUAGAGUACAUAUGCCUGAAUCUUGAAGUCAUGUUGGAGAAUAGAUUGCUGAAUGACUUGGACGAGGAGUUGCUUUACGAACUUGACGCGGUCUGUAAAGAAAACCAGCUCGCCCGCUAUCCUGUUUCUCGAGGUCGUAACUCCGAAGAUUACGUCCUCGAGAAGUAUCCGGAGUUGGCAGCCCAAAUAGAGAAUGACAGACAGCGAAGAAUCGAUUCGAUGAGACUUCGGUCCCGGCUUGACCAAGAUGAGCUACAUGAUGAGAAAACUAGAGCAGGCGGGGUUGAAAAAUCAACGUCUUCGCCGUCAGCACGGAAAACAAAGCCUCUACACUCCAGUGAGGGUAAAACCGUGGUCAACAGUCCUGGGCUCAAAUCAAAACAGUCUACUAGUGACUUGAUGUUCCAAAUGGAUGAAGAGGGUGCGCUGUCGCCUGCUCCUCCGCGCAAGGGCAAGUCGCUGUCUGGCGGGCCCAGUUCUGAGGACAUAAGCGACAGUCGGCGAGUUUCUGGUCCUUCACUGGCAUCUAGCCAACCGAAACUAAGCCAGGGUGAUUCUUUGGACGAGCGAAGUUAUCUGGAUGCCAAAAUGGGCUCGAUGGACAGCGCUGGUGUCGGAAGUCCAGCUGGGGGUCUGAGUCCGACGCCGCAAAAGAUCCAAUCAGGCUCUCCCACUCCUGGGAAUUCCGGCUCCAAAGCUCCCUGGGGUUCGCCCGUGAUAUCUGGAGUCAAACGAGACUUGAAGGAGAUUAUGGCUGAGGCAUCACAGUCACGAGUCUCGAACCUGACUCUGGGCAUGUCGGGCCGUCAAAACAACUCCACGGGUGGUAGUUUUGCUCCAAAACUCUCCCAGAGAGAGAGGAAGAAGCUCCACCAGCAGCAACUCCAAGAAAGCCUGGCAGCAGAGCAAAAGGCUAAGGAAGCUCGCAAAUCACCGUGGCAAACUCCUGCCAAACAGAUAUUGUCGGCUGAACCGCCGACUGAGCCUGGGUGGGGAAAAGGUGCCUCUGACCAAGUGAAAACACCCCCGAAGCCUCCUGCCUUGACUCUCCGGCAAACAGUUGCUGGUGUACCGCCGGGGUCGAGUCCUUCACAGAUUCAAGUCCGUAACGUCUCAAGUCCUCUCCCGACACCACCAAAACCUGCAAAACCUGCUCAAACCACGCCGGGACCGCAACCCUCACCUAACCUGUCUACACCUACGAAGCCAGUAGUGAUUCAGUCCAUACGUCACACUCCCCUUCCAGAACGCUCACGGCCUAGUUACACCGGAUCUUCAUCUGGCCAACUAUCACUGGCAUCGAUUCUCCUCGAGCAGCAAGCGGAGAAGGACGAAAUGCGUGAAGCUGCGACAACCAAGCACAGUCUCCAGGAUAUCCAGCUGGAGCAGGAGUUCCAGGAGUGGUGGGACAAGGAAAGCAAGCGAGUGAUGGAAGCCGAAGCCGCUGCGGCUGCUGCUAAAGAACAACGCAAAGCAGGCCAUCAUCACCACCACCGUUCACGGGGCAAAAAUCGAGGACAACGCAAGGACCGGGGUAAAGAUACAACCAGCGCGUCUGACGCUCCUUCCGCCGCCAACGCGUCUUCUUCCGCUAAUAAUAAUGAUAAGAAUGCCCCCGAGAAACGGAACAAUACCAGCCACCGCUCGAACCACCACCACCACCCAAAAGGAGCACAACCAGCACAACCUCCCACCGGUGCUAAUAGCCAGGCCGAUGAAGGCGGUAAUAACAGCAUCACCCACCGUGGUGGUCAUGGACGGCCGCGGCCAUCCAAGGGGAAAGAACGGGCCCAGGCAUAA